UUUGUUUGUUUUUUCUUUACAGCAAAGUAUCCAGAGAUAAAAUCCUUGAUGAAACCUGAUCCCAACUUGAUAUGGAUUGUAAUCUUGAUGGUUCUCACUCAGUUGGUGGCAUUUUAUUUAGUAAAGGACUUGGACUGGAAAUGGGUCAUAUUUUGGGCGUAUGCCUUUGGCAGUUGCAUUAACCAUUCAAUGACUCUGGCUAUUCAUGAAGUUUCCCACAAUAGCGCCUUUGGCCACUACAAAGCUAUGUGGAAUCGUUGGUUUGGAAUGUUUGCUAAUCUUCCUAUUGGUGUUCCAUAUUCAAUUUCCUUUAAGAGGUAUCACAUGGAUCAUCAUCGGUACCUUGGAGGUGACGGCAUCGAUGUGGAUAUUCCAACUGAUUUUGAAGGCUGGUUCUUCUGUACCACUUUCAGAAAGUUUAUAUGGGUCAUUCUUCAACCUCUCUUUUAUGCGUUUCGACCUCUCUUCAUCAACCCCAAACCAAUUUCUUAUCUGGAAAUUAUCAAUACUGUGAUCCAGAUCACUUUCAACAUUAUAAUUUACUACGUUUUUGGAAUUAAAUCAUUAGUCUACAUGUUGGCAGCAUCCUUACUCGGUCUAGGUUUGCACCCAAUUUCUGGACAUUUUAUAGCUGAACAUUACAUGUUCUUAAAGGGACAUGAAACUUACUCAUAUUAUGGGCCUCUGAAUUUACUUACCUUCAAUGUAGGUUACCAUAAUGAACACCAUGACUUCCCCAACAUUCCCGGCAAAAGCCUUCCACUGGUGAGGAAAAUCGCAGCCGAGUACUAUGACAGCCUCCCCCACUACCAUUCCUGGGUAAAAGUGCUCUAUGACUUUGUGAUGGACGACACAAUAAGUCCCUAUUCGAGAAUGAAGAGGCAUCAGAAAGGCAAGGUGGAACUGGAGUGAGCGUCGCUAUAGCCAGAGGACUUCCUCUCUGCAGCGUCGAAGUAGCCGAGAAGUGGAGUCCCUGCAUUAUUAAACCAAGACCCGGGAGGUGGAGAAGUACCUCAUCCAGUUUCCAAGUCUGAUCCCCGUGGUGUCAAGAAGCUAACGUGGCUUUAACAGCUUAUCCGCAGUGUUGAGCUUUACUCACAGGAGACGGGUUUGUUGUGUUGUCAUUGUGGAGGAUGUUUUCGCCCGUGUCUGACUGUUUGUAAGCAUAUCAUAAAAAAGCUUUUAAAAAGCUGUUUCUAGUACGUUAUUUUCACUAUCAAGUUUUACUUUAUUAAAACAGUUAAUAAACUGAGCUAUUAAUCACAA